AUGCCGUCAAGCGACACGUUAAUUGUCCAGAGCUUAUUCUGGGGAAUGGACGUUGUGGAUCUGAUUCGUUUAUGUUUUGUCUUCGCCGCAUGUACAACGUUCACAUUCUUCUCGAUACCUCUCCUAAAUCACCGAUUUGUCAACUAUGGAGCUCGCACGAGCGAUCGAAACAAUGCGAAUUCGACAGACGCCAAACCCACCGAUAAACCACCUUCCUCCUCCUCUUCAUCAUCAUCGCCGUCACGCAAUGCUGGAUUUGUUUCGCAGGUAAUGGAUGCGCUAGCAACAUGGCAGGUACCACACCAAUAUUUCACGCAUUACUACGUCGUAUCUGUCCUGUCCUCUGUAUUCUGGAUCAGUCAGCUUCUUACGAAAGGCCCAGCGUUUCUGUUUGUUGUGUCCAACAUGAGCGACGAACAUCUACAAAACUCAAUGACCAUACAUCAGGUUCUGUUGUGUACAACCUUGAUGCUCAUUCAAGGCGGUAGGAGACUGUAUGAGAGCUUUGCGCUUGCGAAACCUUCGUCAUCUCAGAUGUGGGUUGUGCAUUGGCUAUUGGGUCUAUGCUUCUACGCCGGUAUUACCACAGCUGUGUGGGCAGAAGGAUCGAGGUCUGUACAAUCCACGACGCUCACUAUACAUGAUCUGCGAAUCUCUCAAGUUCCAUCACUAAGGACGUUGUUGUGUCUUCCGAUCUUCCUGAUGGCGUCUGGCAUCCAGCAUGAUUGCCAUUAUUACCUCUCAUCGCUGAAAGAAUAUACUGUCCCAAAACAUCCACUAUUUCAAUGGGUCAUCUGCCCUCACUAUACAGCGGAAUGCUCCAUAUACCUCUCUCUUGCCCUUCUUGCAGCGCCGCGUGGAGAAAUGAUCAACAAGUCUGUUCUGUGUGGCUUGUUGUUUGUUGUGGUUAAUCUAGGCGCCACAGCAUACAACACGGAGAAAUGGUAUAGAGCGAGGUUUGGUGAGGAUAGUGUUCGUGGGAAGUGGAAGAUGUUGCCCGGCAUAUUCUGA